AUGUGGGAAGAUCCCAACAGAAACUCCACCACCGAGAGCUCUCGUGGUUCAGGGUCCAUAGCUUACCACAGCUUCCGGUCGCAUGUCCGAUCGUGUACCCUCCAACCCUUUCGCAAACGCCGAAGAGCGGUGCCGCCGCCUCUGCCUGCCCACGAACAAAAACCAGACACACCCGCAACACAACCCGCACCCACGCACACAUCUUCUUUCUCACCCCCCCCUUUUUCUCUUUCCUCUUUACUACCAGAAAUCACUUUUCCCACCCGGUCCGCCGUCGACAAAAUGGCACCCAAGGCAAUCGUCGCACCCUCGAUUCUGGCCGCCGACUUUGGCCAUUUUGGCCAUGCAUGCCAUAAGACCAUUGAGCAAGGGGCCGACUGGCUUCACGUUGAUAUUAUGGAUGGCCACUUUGUUCCCAACAUUUCAUGGGGACCCGGCGUCGUCGCCAAAAUCAGAGGCCACGUUGAGAAGCCCAUCGAGACAUGGGGCAAGGGCACUUUUGACUGCCACAUGAUGGUUUCCGAGCCCAAGAAAUGGGUCAAAGGCAUGAAAGACGCCGGCGCAGACCUGUACUGCUUUCAUUACGAAGCCGCCUUCUCCUCCGACUCUGACAACCCAGAGGUCCAAUCCGACGAAAAGACGAACCCCCGCGCGUUGAUCCGGUUUAUCCACGAACAAGGCAUACUGGCCGGCGUUGCUCUGAAGCCCGCGACGUCUGUCGACGUGGUCUGGGAGCUCCUCGAGAGUGAGGAUCCCCUAGAGAGACCAGACAUGGUCCUUAUCAUGACGGUCGAGCCCGGUUUCGGCGGGCAGAAGUUCAUGGCCUCGGAGCUGCCCAAGGUCCAGGCCCUGCGCGAGAGGUACCCGGAGCUGAACAUCGAAGUCGAUGGCGGGCUGACGGGGUCCACCGUUCACCAGGCCGCCGACGCAGGCGCCAAUGUGAUUGUCGCUGGCAGCGCAGUUUUCGGUGCACAGGACCCCGCAGCUGUUAUUUCGAUCCUGAGAGAAGCCGUCGAGAAGAAGAACGGCAAGCUCUAAGGAGGUGCCCUUCGACACUCCAUUUAACGCCACGUUUUACGACUUUUCCUUGGGUUUGAUUUUUUUAUCUGUUGUUUUUUGCUUCGUUCUCGAGAAAAAAAAAGCUAUGGGAGCCAUGAUUUUUGUGUUCAGCGUAUAUAUAGAUAUCAGACGGACAGCAACUCUCCGGUAGCAGGCAGCAGCUGCUGGUCUUUCUAAUCAUAAUUCUACUAUCACU